CCUUCCUGUCCUAAAAAUGCUGCUGUUUCUGUUGUAGAAGAUGGUCAUUGGGAAAAUGUGGACGAGGGACAAACCUUGGGGGUGUGGCCCCAAAACGCUACGGCUCAGGAUGUGGGGGCAACAUUUAGGAAUCCAGAUGCCCCAGAAAAGCAGGUAGGAGAUCAGGUAGAGAAAUGGAAGAAAAACGCCCUCCUUUUUCGAAGCAGAGACGGCCCAGAAAUCCAGCAAACAGAAAUCACCAGGGAGAAGAAGAACAAAUGCUCUGUGUGUGGGGAAGUGUUCCAAGGUGACUUGGACCUCAAGAGACACGAAGGGACCCACACAGGGGAGAAACCGUAUCGGUGCUUGUAUUGUGGGAAGAGUUUCAGCCGGAACACAAACCUGGCAUCACAUCACCGGACCCACACCGGGGAGAAGCCGUACGGAUGCUCCUUUUGCAAGAAGACAUUCUGCGACAAAUCAAGCCUCAAUCGCCAUCGGAGGACCCACGGGGGGGAGAGGCCCUACGCAUGUGACCAGUGCGGGAAGUGCUUUGACCUGAGCCAGUCGCUUAUCAGCCACCAAAGGACCCACACGGGGGAGCGGCCCUAUCAGUGCCCUGCAUGCGGCAAGACCUUCAACCGGAGCCAAAACCUCACCAGCCACGAGCGAAUCCACACAGGGGAGAAACUGCACAAGUGCACCGAGUGUGGGAAAAGCUUCAGCCGCAGCCAGAAUUUGUCGCGGCAUCAGAACAGCCACACCACGGACACACUCCACAAGUGCGCCAAGUGUGGGAAGGGCUUCCGUCUGAGCCAGUCCCUUGCCAACCACCGGAGGACCCACACCGGGGACAAACCGCACCGAUGUUCCCAGUGUGGGAAGAGCUUCAGCCUGAGUCAAAACCUCGCCAGCCACCAGAGAGUCCAUACGGGAGAAAAGCUGUACCGAUGCUCUGAAUGUGGCAAGCGCUUCAGCUGGAGUCAAGAUCUGCUCCGUCACCAGAGAAUCCACACUGGGGAGCAACCGUACCGUUGCUCGGAGUGUGGCGAGCGUUUCAACCGGCAGGAGAAUCUGAUUAGGCACAUGAAGAUACAUCUGGGAGGGGCUACAUAGAUUGAGGGGUUUAGUGGUAACCAGUCUCCCAUCAGUGCGUGAGAAAAUCUGCACAUGAAUCUGUUUUCCUUUUCUUUCUCCCACAUCUUUGAAAAAUGUUUUAACUGUAUUUUUUUGAAAAGGAGCAGUGGGCUAAAGAGAUUGCGGCCAGAAUUGUCUUUUAAGCUUUUGCAGGGCGAUUUGCAACCUGCUAGAGUUAGAAUUAAACAAAGACCGGAAGGACUGUGUGGCCAGUUUGUUAGCUGUCUUUUUUUUUAAUUGUAU